AUGGCUUCUGGGUAUUGCGCUAGAGUUCUGCAGGUGUGUUUUCUGUUGCUUUCAAUGUCCAUUGUUAUGUUCAAAGCUGUAGAUGGGCAUGGCUGGAAAAAGAACCAGCUUCCAAAACCCUGCAAGAAUUUGGUGCUGUAUUUUCAUGAUAUACUCUACAAUGGAAAGAAUGCAAAGAAUGCAACAUCGGCACUGUUGGCGGCUCCUGAUGGAGCAAAUCUUACUGUUAGGAAUGGUAAUAACCAUUUUGGAUAUCUAGCUAUGUUUGAUGAUCCCAUUACUCUUGACAAUAAUUUGCACUCCCCUCCACUGGGAAUAGCCCGAGGUUUUUCGUUCUAUGACAUGAAGAAUACCUUCAGCUCUUCGGUAGGAUUCACAUUUGUGCUGAAUUCUAAGCAUUGCAAGGGAACUAUCGCUUUCAAUGGAGCAGAUCCAAUCUUGACUAAGUACAGAGACAUAUCUGUAGUGGGUGGUACAUGUGAUUUCUUAAUGGCUAGAGGAAUUGCUACUAUCAGCACUGAUGCAUUCGAGGGAGACGUUUAUUUUCGUCUCAGGGUGCAUAUCGCACUUUAUGAAUGUUACUGA